UACAGGAGUGGAGAUAUUACGUUCGCCCGGAUAAGACGGAAAAGCAGCCGCUCAACUAUCGCUGUAGGUCUGCUCUUAUUUAACCCCCAACUCCAGCACAGAGCCAUAUCGGGGGGAAAGGGAGGCAACCAGCGGCGGACGGAAGAGGACGCACCACAGCCAGAGCGCACAGUGUUGUGUUUGUUGGACACAUGCAUGCCAGCGAAAACUAGUGCUAUCCAGAGCUAAGGAAUUGGCUGAGAUAAGGAGAUAGAGUCGUUUGUGGGGCCGGGUUUUGAUGAUCCCGCCGAAGACAUAUCCAAGGGUUUUCCUUUAUUGCUCUGGGGAUUUUCUACUUCUUUGCUCAGGGGGGGAAUGCGAGGGGAGGAAAUCCAGCCUCUGCUCCAAAUAGCCAGAGACUUCUAACUGGGUCUCCUCUCCAAACGCAGGAAAUACGGCCUGGGAAAAAAAGUUUGGGAGCUUUUGGGAACGAGAGGGGGGGGGGGGCCUACCGCUGACGUUUUGCACGCGUUUUACGACGUGAUUUUUUUUAGUACUACGCUUUUUUGUAUUAAGCGCUCUUGUUAUUUCCCAGGAUAAGCUGAAAAGGAGCAUUUAAAUGUAACACGGCGUUGGUGCUGUUACUGCAAGAGUUUUGAUCAUCACUAUUUAUAGACCAGCCUGUCCCGACCGACGCUGUUCCUCGCUGUAUAUUUUGCCAACUGCGCGCAACAAGUUGCAGACACUCCCAGCAGAGGCAAACCGACACUAAUUUGGGCCAGCGGAUGGUAUAUUCUGCGCUUCUUUUUUCGGAUAGCGCGUCUUUGAAUAGCGCAUACCCCUCUCCGACCCCCUCUUUGGAAGGCAGAGGGGGAAUACACGGUGGAGACCCGGAGAGGGAGUUCAGGAAAGGACGGGGCUGGAUCCGUGGGAAUAGGCCUGCCUGUCAGGCCUCUUAUGAUCUGGAGCUUGGACUGGACAGAGCUCCAAAGUAACUCAGUCUGGAAUACUUUCAAGGGCCCCUCGGAAUAAAGAUGGAAGGAGACUGUGUGGGAAUAAGAAAUGCAAAUCCGUAGCACACUGAGCUAUGCAUGAGAAGGGAUGUAGAGGAAGGUAAAGCCACCUUUAAUUACACUUCACCUACUUUUUAAUUAAAGGAGUGAAGAGUUCUCCCACACUUUAGAUAGACAUUGAUUUUUAUGUAAAACAUACAGAAUAUUAGGGAAACUACUUUAUGUUAAACUAGAAUUUCAAGAGAAGAUUGAUAAGUUAUUGUUAUUUUAAGUAUUUUUUAUCAUAGUUUUGAUGCUUUGUGAUGACGGAAUUUGUCAUGUAAACACAUUUUUAUUUUAGCACUACUAGCUGUUCAUAACGACAUUUUGGGGGGUGUUUUUGAAUAAAGGAAAGGAAGUGUAAACGGGCAAUUUGUCGCGCAUGUUGUGGAGAUAAGAGGGACAGUGUAACUUUUGGAGCCACUUGCUGUGCACGUCGCCAACUGUUGACAGCUUCUCUCUGUGUGUACGAUGAAGCCCCGGACCCGAACACUGUUUUUCCACGCAAACAACGUGACUUCGGAAUGAAGAAAAAUCUGGGCAUUUUUCCUGCCGCGGUCUGACUUUGUAAUGUCAGCAGUAUCGAAAUAUUGCGCACAUCCAGAGGAGGUAAUUUCCAGUCAUGUAACGUCAAGACUGACAUGAUGAAGGCAUAAAAAAACUCGUUGCAUCACUAAAGCAGUCCUUUCCGAGAAGGAUGUUCAAUUCAGGAGGCAGAAAGAGUGAUGACAGUGUUUUUACCGCAGCUGGAGAGAAAACCGGGCUCAUACCCAGAGCCUCUUCGGAGGAGGAUAGUCUACAUGUAAUGUGAGUACUGACGCAAACCGGGGUCGGAUAAUGAACUGCUCGAGAAGCUGGAACGGUGCGUCUUGUGUGAGUGAGUGUGCAGGCUGCUGUGUGCGUAGCAGAGACGUCUGUGCCGUGCUCACCAUUCAUGCAGUGUGAUUAUUCCAACAAACACCUUUGCUCUCUCUCUCCUGCCUGCCCGUCACGCUCUCGCCGCCGCCGCCUCCCUCCUCUCUGUGCCACAUGUGCACACACGGCGCCCACGCACCGCGUGUAAUUGCCUGAGCGCCUUCAGAGGAUAUAAUCCAUAUUUAACACCUUUCCCGCACCCCCUCCGUUCCCUCGUCACACCAGUCAAUAUGGCCACUCUGCAACAUCACCGGCAGCUUCUCAUGCAUGGCACGGAAGUCAGCUGCGACUCCAGCGGGGAUGGCGCCGUGACCGUGCGGAUUACCAACAGCGCGCCACACGUGCAUCAACAUGAGCCACUGAGGGCUGCCAGCAGUGGUGCAGGAGGAGCUGGAGGCUAUGGGGCUGUGAGUAAAAUAAACCCUAACCUCCACAAAUACAGUAUCUCCUCCAGCUGCAGCUCAGCAGAUUCCAGGCCAGCUGCGACUGCAACUUCAAGGGUGCAUAGGAAGGCGCCCCCACUGUUUGAACGCUCUGCAGCCCAGUGCUGGGACCCCAAAUUUGACUCUCCUGUCCUGGAAGAGGCAUGCCAAGAGAGGUGCUUUCCACAGACACAGAGGCGCUUCCGUUAUGUUCUGUUCUACCUGGCAGUGGCAGCCGUGCUCUGGGGGGUGUACUUUGGGGUCAACAGUGACCGCUGUAACCCCAUGACCUUCUUAGCCCCUACAGCCUCCUUUUUAGUUGUCCUAGUGCUCCUCUUUUUGUUCACCUUAACCCAACCCUACACAUGGCUGUACAACCAAACUUCCUUGCUCCUGAUUGCGGUCACCUUUGCUAUCACCUUAGCGCCACAGAUACAGACUGCUGGCUACACUGAGCUAGAGGGGGCUGGUGGUGGGAAUGCCUCAUAUCUCUCACCAGACGCAGUAGCACCACCUCCAACCCCUUGCAUCUCCCCAGUAGGCACCUUUUCCCUGUGCAUGGAGGUUCUCUUGUUGUUAUACAGCGUCCUCCAUGUCCGUCUGUAUGCCUCUGUGAUGCUGGGGCUCUUGUAUUCUAUACUAUUUGAGGCAUUAGAAUGGUUACCAUUGCUUCAAAGGAGUUAUGACACUACAGGAUGGGGCACAGGGUUAGUAGGUUCAGGUUCUGAUUGGGAAGGAGACACCCUCCGCUGGCUCGGCCCGGCCAAAGCUCUGCUCCACUUGUGUGCCCAUGUCAUUGGCAUCCACCUGUUCAUCAUGUCUGAGGUGCGUUCCCGCAGCACCUUCCUCAAAGUGGGCCAGGCUAUCAUGCAUGGCAAAGACUUAGAGGUGGAGAAGGCCUUGAAGGAGCGUAUGAUCCACUCAGUCAUGCCGCGGCGAGUUGCAGAUGAGCUGAUGAAGCAAGGUGAUGAUGAGGGCGGUGGUGAGAGCUCUGGUAAGCGUUAUUCCUCUGGUGCCUGCUCUGCAUCAGCUGUCUCAGUGGGUGGCGGAGGAAGCUGCGGAGCUUCACAAGCCCAAAGUUCUACAAACCCCAAGAAUCACCCUCACAACAAUCACAAACGCAAGAAGACCUCCAUUCCCCGUGGACAGAUAAUCUUCCGGCCCUUCAAUAUGAAACGCAUGGAGCCUGUCAGCAUCCUCUUUGCAGACAUUGUGGGUUUCACCAAAAUGUCUGCCAAUAAGUCAGCACCAGCCUUGGUAGGCCUUCUCAAUGAUCUGUUCGGACGUUUUGACCGACUCUGUGAACUAACAUGUUGUGAGAAGAUCAGUACUCUAGGAGAUUGCUACUACUGUGUAGCUGGCUGCCCUGAGCCCAGGCCGGACCACGCCUACUGCUGUGUAGAGAUGGGCUUGGGCAUGAUCCAGGCCAUUGAGCAGUUCUGCCAGGAGACAUGUGAGACCGUCAGCAUGCGAGUCGGCGUCCAUACCGGAACUGUCUUGUGUGGGAUCUUGGGAAUGAAACGCUUCAAGUUUGAUGUAUGGUCAAAUGAUGUCAAUCUGGCUAACUUGAUGGAACAGCUUGGUGUGGCGGGCAAGGUCCACCUGUCAGAAGCUACUGCCCGUUUCCUGGAUGACCAUUACCAGAGGGAGGAUGGGCGGGUAGCGGAGAGAGCCGGACAGAGUGUGGUGGAGAAACUGAAGGGGCUGAAAACCUACCUGAUCUCAGGAAGGAAGUUGGAGCAUGAUGUGCAGUGUGGAUGUUCUCAGGUGGGACUCUCAGGGGGAGAUUUAGUUGGGGUCAGCCUGCCAUCCUGUCCUCAGCCCCACACACCAGACCUCAUCCCUGGGGGAGCUCAGGCUGCUGAGCCCCUACUGCCCCACCAACCACCAGACAGGAUUGGGCCUCCCUGUGUGUCCCGUAGUGUGGUCUUGUCUUCGGGGGCAGAACAGGGUGAUGAUGUAGCUGUGCUGAACGGCUGCCAGGAGGAGCGCAAGACCAGUGGUGCCAAGUUCAUGCCAGGUCAUAGCCCCAGGACAGCCAACGGUCUCCUGAGUCCCCCGUUGGAGGACCCAGUGCGAGCUAGCCAGAGCUCCCUGUGUGACAUGCUCCAGGAGAAAGAAAAGAAGACUAGCACAAGCACUGGGACUGGCACCAGUCUAGGCAUGGCUGGUAGCACAGCAGCAGCGGGCACAGGAAUGGACCACUCCGCCUUGAUCCAACUGCGUGCCAAGAACUUUAGAGAGAAGACCGACGCCCACUUUGUGGAAGUUAUCAGGGAGGACAGUCUGAUGAAGGAUUACUUUUUCAAGCCACCCAUCAACAAGAUCAGCCUCAAUUUCCUAGAGAGACCUCUGGAAAAGGCCUAUCGUAGCAGCUACAAGGAGGAGGUGAAGAACCAGGCUCAGGUGCAGACAUUUGCAAGCUCCACCUUCAGCUCCUUCCUGGAUGUUCUCCUCAGCUGCUUCGUCUUCCUGGCCCUGACACUGGCCUGCUUCCUUCCACCUCUGGUGAGCCCGGAUUCUGUGGGCCCUCCAGCUGCUGCUGCCCUGGCCCUGGCUCCUCUCGCUGGCCUGUUGGAGCUGGCCUCCCUGGUGCUGUCCAUACGUAUGGCCUUCUAUCUGGAGGAGGUGAUGAACUGUACCCGCUCCCUGCUCCUUGUGGUCUCUGGAUGGGUCCCCCGUCACGUGAUUGGGGCUGUGUUAGUCUCCCUCCCUGCCAUCUCUGUCUUGUCCCACCUCACCUGCAGUGUCCGCUUGCCCCUCCAGGUGACCAUGUUCUUGUGCUGUGCCACCAUCCUAGCCAUCAUCCAGUACUGUAACUUCUGUCAGCUCAGUUUUUGGAUGCGCUCAGUCCUGGCCACUGCUACCGGGGUCGCCCUGCUGCUGUUGCUGUACAGCCCCUUGCACAGGUACAGACCGAAUGUCUCCACAUCCGGCGAUGGUGGUUCAGCAUUAGUCACUCCUGGCCCUGACCCUCCUCCGCGGCCACUUGACCUUUUGGUCCCGGAGGUUGUCCUGGCCUUCUUCCUGCUUCUUCUCCUGGUCUGGUUCCUCAACCGCGAGUUCGAGGUCAGCUACCGCCUCCAUUACCAUGGCAACGUGGAGGCAGACAAACACCGCUCCAAGAUCCAGACAAUGCGAGACCAGGCUGAGUGGUUACUGGGCAACAUCAUCCCCAUCCAUGUUGCUGACCAGCUCAAGGUGACCCAGAGCUACUCCAAGAACCACGACAGCGUGGGCGUGAUCUUUGCCAGUAUCGUAAACUUCAGUGAAUUCUAUGAAGAGAGCUACGAGGGUGGGAAAGAGUGCUACCGCGUCCUCAACGAGCUAAUCGGAGACUUUGACGAGCUCCUUCGCAAGCACGAAUUCAAAAGCGUGGAAAAAAUCAAGACAAUCGGCGCCACCUACAUGGCAGCGUCUGGACUGAAUGUCCGGCAGCUGGCAGAGAAUGAUGAGGACUCUCCUCAUACUCACCUGAGGGCACUUUUCAACUUUGCCCUUGAGAUGAUGGGCGUCCUGGAUGACUUCAACAAGAACAUGUUGGGUUUUGGCUUCAAGCUCCGUAUUGGAUUUAACCACGGGCCGCUGACAGCGGGGGUGAUCGGCACCACUAAGCUGCUCUAUGACAUCUGGGGAGAUACGGUCAACAUUGCCAGCCGCAUGGACUCCACCGGUGUGGAGUGUCGGGUGCAGGUGAGCGAGGAGAGCCACGCUGUGCUCAGUGCCAUUGGCUUAGAGUUUGACUAUAGAGGUACAGUGAAUGUUAAGGGCAAAGGUCAAAUGAGGACCUUUCUCUACCCCAAAAGUGGGGAAACUAUACAUCAAGAUCGAACGGAGCUUGGCGCCAGCAUUGGACCCUCGUCCGUGGCAUCAGCAGCCAAUAAGACUACAGGAUCUGUUGCCCAGGCAGCAGCUCUUCCUCCCUCCUCUUCCUUUUCUCCUCCUCCUCCGUCCCCCUCCUCUCUUUCCACACUCCCUCCUCAACCACAAAGCGCUGUAAGGCCUUCAAGAGCAGGGCCUGAGCCUGUCCAAGCUAAAUCCACAGAAAUGAGGGAGGAAGGAUAUAGGGACGCUCCACAUCUCCCUGGACAGCCCCCUGCCACAGACCUUCACCCCCCUCCCCACUCUGAACUAGGCCCAGAGCCGAGCGCCGAACAACUGCCCUUCCAGGCACAGCCUGCUCCUCUCGCACUUCAAGAAGAGGAGAACGAAGAGGAGGAGGCCAACGAGCUAUCAAAACUCAAUGAGGAGUUUUAUGCUCGUCUCUGAUCUCUCCUCUCCUCUUCUCCUUUCUUCUGUCUCCCUGCCGCCCCCAGCUUCUGCCACUCCAGAACUGAUGCAGAUGCGGUUGGGAUGUCCCUUUCUUUAUGCAUGGGUGAAGUGUCUUCGGCACGGAUGAAGAACAGGGAGUUUGUCACUCCAACACAAACAGUGGCUACAGUGGCUAUAGAAGUGGCUACUGACACCUUUCAUGGGAAUGCUGCCUGAGUGCUGGGGUGGGUUAGACCUGUGUUGAGCACAGAAGUGUAAAGGGAAGAAGGCCGAAAGGGGUUCAGAGGGAAGGAAGUGUUGUUGGUGUUGUUCUUGAUGUUUUUCCUAUUUUUGUUAUCAAGUGCCUUCAGGACUAGAACAGUGAACAAACAAAUAUGAAUACUGAACAAAGUUUUAACAAUCUUAGACUACGGAACAUGCUGUGGUUUCUUACUCCAUGCUUUUAUUUUCAAUGCAAGUAUUUCUUUUCAAAAAUCAUUAUUGUUGUGCCAUAUAAUUUGUUUUAACUUGAUCAAAGUCUUGACCUUACUUAAGGGAAAAUAAUAAGUGCCAGUGCAGCAUGAUGGGCUGAGCAGGGAACUAUGGGAAGAAUGAGGGAAUGACAUGAAGCAGUGUUAAUCUAUGUAUUCUGCUUUGACAUGAGGGCUUAAUACAGUAUUCAUUUGUGCUAGAGUCUCGGUGAAAGGGGACAUGCUACGAAGCAGGCUGCAGUUUGUGUAGCAGCUAAAAUGCACAUUUUAAGCACAGGUCUUGCACAGUGUUUUCUCGACCACUUGUAUUUGGUAGUUCUUACCUUGAAACAGCUUUGAAGAAAGUUUAAACGGAGCUCUUGUUUGUCACAACAAGCACAAUCAAAGGCACAAAAUCAAAUCAAAUAAGGGAAUAUCUAAUAUAUAAUAUUUGGAAGAAAAGGUGGUUUAAAAAAGUGAGAUCAUCACAAAAGCAGGAAGGCACUUUAAAAAUACUUCAAGUGAUGCUCCACCCAAGAUGUGUCCUCUGGGUGUGAAACACUCCCCGUAGACCUGACGGAUGGGUGUAAAGAAGGUUGUAAUUUGAUCCUCAGUGGAGCACAGAGAAUGUGAUUAGAUUGAGCUGAUGCUGUAUUCCACAGAAACAUCUCAAACCAAUCCUGCAGAAUAAUCCACGUCUCUGCUGUCCAUCUGCAUGCUCAGUGGGCUCCAGUCUAAUUCCCAUCAAAGUAUAGCUACUGAACUACUUAAAUUCUAUAUUUUUGUUGUCAACAAAUCCUGUGAAAAGACCAAAACGAACAGCGUGUUUGUCCAUCUUUUUUUUCAAUAUAGCAUACAGUAUACUUAUCACUGCAGUAGUAAUGGUAGGAAACAGGAGGGGAGAGCGAUUGGGAUUGGCAUGCAACAAAGGUCUCCGGCCAUACACAAAACAGGGCAUGUUGCUAUUGGUGGGUGCACCUUAACCUCGAGGUCAGCAAGGUGCUCCACAAGCUCCUCUCAGACAGGAGUAAGCAGUGCAUUUGUUUUGUACUAUUGUCAGUGGCUGGUUUGGUGUGCUGGUGAGUAUUUCCAGCAGCAGCAUGGUGUAUGUGGGAUUGACUCAAAAUAAAACUAGUGUCCAUGUUGGUUGGAAUGAAGGCACGUGUCAGCAAGUGCAAUGAUGUGGCUCACUGAUGUUUUUAUUCGUUUUUCGGUAACAAUGCAGCUCUAAAGCACAGAGGUGUAAGAUACAUGAGGCUUUGACUGCACAGACAAUACUUGUUAGUAGGAUUGUUUCAUUGUUGGUUUUGGUCUUUUCAUCACAUAUUAUUAACAGAGUACUCAACCUUUAAAGCCUACAGUGGAGUGAGACUUUGAGUCUCUAAAGAUUUUGAGUGGAGCGUCACUUGAAGUGGGACUGUGAGGGACAAUCACUGUGUAGUUCUUGAUAGACGAUAGGAUGGUCCACAAUGCUGUUGGUGAAAGUGUCAAAGCACAGAUCAGCUACAGUUUCUACAGUACUGUGUGUAAAACCUCAGACUCUGAUUUUGUGACGUUUCCAUCCGUUGCCUUCUUUGCCAGAAGAAAACAAACAAACAAACAUUUGUCAGUCCAUCACAAAAGAUUUAUUCAGUAGUUACGUACUGUCUGCCUUUAGCUGUGCGAUUUUCUGUUGAAGGGGUGGGACGUUCAACUUUAAUCCUGUCAUAGCCUUUAUUUGGAGGGGGCCCUCUACUGUAUCAAUAUACUUAAAUUGUGCCACUUUAAUUGAGUGAUCUAUAGGUGCAGUGCAACCUAAACUAGCUGAUUGUUUUGUGGUGCCUAAAAGUAUGACUGUAUGUUUUUAGUAUUUUGGUUUUCAGAAAGUUUUUUUUUUAUUUUAUCAUGCUGUUUUCAUAAUGAGGAUAGAUUAUGAUUGUAUGUUUGAGGAAAUUAUGCUUGUUGUGCAGGUUUUGCUGCAAUUGUUUUUUGACAAAAUUCCAUCUUUUUUUUUUUUUUUUUGCUCUUUUCCAAUUCUUUCAUUCUGUCAUUAACCAGUUGCCUGGGAUAGUGUGGUGGUGUUCCCAUUGAAUCGCUGGACACUGAGUCCAUCCGUAGUUCUCUUUGGUCUUUACUCACUUCAUGCUUUGUCUUUACACCUCAAAACACUUUGUUUACCCUUUGUACUUUGCCUGUGUGUUUGUGUGUGUGUGUGUGAGAGAGAUAUUUUUACUCCAAGUCAGUAAUAUGGAAAAGAUCACUGUAAUAUGAUGCAAAAGAAAAUUAAUCAACGACAUGGCCACUCUUUAACUGUUACAUUGCUGUUGCUGCCUUAUCUGUAGAGGAAUUUCACAAACAGACCUGCAUUCUUUAAUUAUUUAAAAUGGAGAGAAAAAAGCGUGAAUUUUACAAUAUCUAUAAUGAUCCUGAAAACAGUCACGUGAUUUAGAGACAGAUGAGCCAUCUAUUUAUGUAGCCAUCUCCACCUGUAGCAUUAAAAGGAUCUCUGUUUACCUCUGCCAUUGUGCACUCCGAACAACAACCAGUGCCUUUUGAAUUCGGAAUAUGUUUAAUCAGAGCGUUCAUGCUGUGAUCAUUUGUAUCAAAUAGUGUUGAUAUCUCUAGUAGCAUAGGGAUCCUGAAAAUCCAAAGAAGUUUCCCCAGAAACUGUCACUCUAGAUUGAGACACAAAAAUAGCUAUGUGAGAUAAGCUUUGUUGACUUAAACCUUUUCUUACAGGCACAUCUCUCUCGUUAUACUCUUGCAACGCAUAUUCUCAACAUGCUCAAGCUUGCCAAACCUAAUAAACCAUACCACACUAAAUUAAGAAAACAGAUGAGAAUAUCGGGUAUCAGUUUUGAAGGAAAGUUCUUGUUUUUUCCCCACAUUUUCCAGAUUGCCCUUCUGCCUCACAUUGUUAGGUAAUCCUUGGUGAUUUCAAGCCAUGCCGCUGUAUCCAUAGCAUGCACAGCAGUGACAGAAACCAGCCAGAGUACAUUUGAGGUGUGGGACUCCACAGGUUGAUGGGCACACCACCUCUCCAGUAGCGCACAUCUGUACACAUGUUUAAAUAAAAUAUUAAAGUGAACACUGCUGGCUUUGUGAUCUGUGAUACAGUCGGGGGAGAAGUGUGUGUGAUAUUGUCUGCAUGGAACGAACGAGCAUUUUUCUACUUUGUUGGACACACUACACUCUUAAGUUUUCAUUCUGCAUCAAACUCUUAUUCUUUUUUUUCAUUUGAGUAUCAUUCUUUCUCCAGUUAUGUUAAACAUUAAGCAUGUGUUGCCAACACGCAGGAUUCUUCGAAUCACUGAGCUUUGCUCAUUUAAGGUUACUUGGAUUUUGUCUUUCUCUGACAGUGUACUGAUGGAUGAUGUGUGUAUGACAAGAUUUGUUUUCGUUUUUUUGGCAGAGGGAAAGAAGUGUCCCGAGGAGUCUAAUGCUCCAGUUAAACAAUGCAAUCUAGAAAACCAAGUGCAUUGAGGAGAAGUUUAAGGCCUUUCCUGUUGAAGAAGUGUGAUUCUGCUUUGUGAAAGUAUGGGAGAGGCAUAAAGGUAUUGUGUUUUAGUAGCACUUGCUAAGCUCAUCACAGCAAAAUAGCAUCGCCAAAUCAUUUAAAUGGUGACAGCGCCACAUCUUUUCAUUAUAAAUUGUCUAGUUAAUUCAACCCGUACGUGUUUUUUAUUACACUGGGACAAAAAUUAGACAGAGUUGUUUGAUUUAAAAUCUUUGUGUAUUCGUUUCAUGAAUGAAAUGUAUUAUGUAUGUUUUGUGCACAUUACCCAUGUAUCAUUUAUCAACACAUGAUCGUAAUCUGUACACAUUUGCACAAAGCACUCAGUGUUUGUACAUAUGCAGUUAUUUUAUGUCACAUAUGUUUUUUUAUACAUGUGCAUGUGUCAGAUUUUGCCAGAAAACAAUGAAAAAUUGACACGUAUUAUCAAAUUGAUUCAAUGUGUGUCUAUUUGAGUAAGUGUGCGUGUUAUGAUUUUAUUACUCUUUUUUUCAGCUUGAGAGAAAUAAAUCUCCGAGCAGAAAACAGUUGAGUGCACUGUGACAUAUAAAGUGAAGAUGAGUCAAACAACAUAUGCAAAUUAGCCUGAUAAUCAGACUGAAUAGCCAUUUUGUUUUGUUUAGAAAUUGCUGAGUCAUCUGGAGAUGUUGUGAUUUGGAACCACACUAUAUGUACAUUGCAGGUUGGCCAAGUUUCAGGAAGGCAUCAGAGAGUUCCAACAUUGUCAAUAAGGUGGAUGUUUUUUUAAUCAGCCAGCUGAUGACUAAAUUGACAUGCCUACAGUGAUAAUCCAAAGUAUAUUUUACUGAGUAUUCACUACCAGAACCCAAAUAAGUUAUUUGUGUUUGACAUCUCUUGAGGAGACACUUAAAGACUGACCAUGAAGAGGGAAAACGUCAAACAGAAGAGAUGAGUAAAGCGUGAUCAAAAGGGAAAUCUGUAAACUAUAUGGCCUCCAACUGAGUGUUCCUUUUUUGUGUCUUUUCGUUGUAAUUGCAUUCAUCUGCAGGGAGGACGAACAUGCAGAUCCUGUGAAGUUUUAAUUCAGAUUAAAAGAUACAUAAUGUGACUCCAGGUUACAAUACAGCUGCCUUAUAUUUUUUGCCCUUUUAAAUUUAAAAAGCUGGUAACCCCUACCACCAUAAUGGCAUUGUACCUGUGACACAAAUGUAGUGAAUGUAAUAUCUAAGUGAUGUAUUCAAGAAGAAAUAAUGUAAGUAAUUAACUCAUAUAACAACAAUAUCAUGCAACACAGAGAUAUAAUUUAUGUACAAUAUUAUUCUUUAAAUAUUUAAUUGAACAUUCAGUGUUAAUAUUAAUAUUUCGGUAUAAUAUUUCACACACG